AUGACCGACAAUGAGUGUCCUGCUGGGAUGAUGGUGACGCAGGUCAGACGCCCAGAGAUUUCAGUUCAGUGAAUAAUCAGGUGUAUAAAAGCGAGGGGUAUCAGAAGAAGGACUGAAACGCUGCAGAGACCGAGACGCUCCAGCUGAGCAAACAUCAGUAUUCUUCAUUUACACAGGUGUCUGGAUCUUGGAACGGGCUUCAGAACAUCUCUACAGUGAGUGCUAUUAUUAUGGACUAUAUUAGUAUUAAUGUUUUUUAUAGGGGCCGUGCCCAUUCAGCUACCUCAGCUACAAAAGUUUUCAAUAUUUAUAUGGAAAUGACAUUUAUGUACUAAACUAAAGAUUAAAAGAAGGAUUUUGAAAAUGUGACUACACACUCAUAUGAAUAUCAAAUCUUGAAUCUCUGUCAAUCACAGGACCACGUAAGAGAACUGAUGAAGUAGUCUUACUUCAGAUUUGUUUGGUCUUUUUUCAGAAAGUCAUGAUCUCUCUGAGCAGCUGUCAAACUCUUCUUCUGGUUGCGAUCUGCAGUGUUUUCUGCAGCAGGACUCUUGCAUUGCCUGCGAUCUCUGCAUAUCCUGACAUCAGAUCAGGCAGUUUAGAUGAAGACGGGGAUGAUGAGUGGACCAGAGAUCCGUCACUACAGGAUUUAGAGGCGUACAAACUCUUGUAUGAACUCGCAAACACAGUUGAGAGACCAUCCAGACAUGCUGACGGGUUGUUCACAAGCGGAUACAGCAAACUGCUCGGUCAACUGUCUGCUAAAGAAUACCUGGAGUCUCUCCUGGCAAAGAGAGUCAGCGAUGAACUGGGUGUGGAGCCAGUCAAACGUCACUCAGACGCCGUCUUUACAGACAACUACAGUCGAUACCGUAAACAGAUGGCUGCGAAGAAAUACCUCAACUCUGUGUUAGCCGGAAAGCGGAGGCAAGCGUCAAUGUUACUGUUACACAAAUCCUUACCUGAAUAUACGCGAUAG